AUGAAAAAGAACGAAACGAGAAUCAGUGAGUUCAUACUUCUUGGCUUCACGGAAGUUCUUCGGAGACUGCAGCUCCUGUUCUUCUCCAUCCUUUUUGUUUCCUACAUAUUGACAAUUAUGGGAAAUGCUGUGCUUAUCAUCCUGGCUAAUAUAGACUACCGACUACGCACCCCAAUGUAUUUCUUCCUCUGGAAUUUUUCUAUUUUGGAAAUUGGAUUUACCACUGCUGUCACUCCCCAAACCUUGUCACAUUUACUGAUGGGCAAUAAAAACAUUCCCUAUGUUGGCUGUAUGAUGCAAUCUUUCAUGUAUUUUCAUCCGGGCACCACAGGGUUAUUCCUCUUAGCCGUCAUGUCCUAUGAUCGAUACCUAGCCAUCUGUAGCCCCUUACGCUACCCAUCCAUCAUGAGCAAGCAUUUAUGCACAUCCCUGGUCGUUGGUUGUUGGGUUGGAAGCUUUCUCCUCAUCAUUAGUCCAUUUGUGGUCUUCCUACAGUUCCCCAUGUGUGACUCAAACAUCCUGGACCAUUUCUUCUGUGACAUCACACCGUUGAUCCAACUGCUAUGUGGGGACACCAGAAUUCUUGAAUUUUGGGUGUUUGUCACUGCUGUUCUUUCACUGUUGGGGACUUUGACCAUUUCAGUGGUUUCCUAUAUCAACAUCAUCAAGACGGUCUUGAGGAUCCCCUCUGCUACAGGGAGAAAGAAAGCUUUUUCCACUUGUGCCUCUCACUUCAUUGUUGUCUCCAUCACCUACGGGAGCUGCAUCUUCCUUUAUAUCAACCCAGGCCAGGACAGCAAAAGGGAGUUGGCCAAAAUAGUGGCCAUUCUGAACACGAUUGUUUCCCCUUUGCUCAAUCCUUUCAUUUACAGCUUGAGAAAUAAACAAGUCCAGGAUGCCUUGAAAGAUCUAGUGAGACAGCUUGUAGCCAUCGCUAAAGGUCCAGGGAAAAGCUGA